UCGACGCCGCGCGACUUCGCGAGCAUCGCUCGCGCGAGUGUCGUCAACGCAGGCGGAAAGCAGCCCCGAAGGUUGAAGACGAUGUGUGAUUGAGAUCUGUCUGGCUCACCGCGAACACGGAUCCUCUUCUUCGUCUGCCCAGUCAAAGGUGCACGCUCGACAACGACGACGACGACGACGACGACGACAACGACAACGACAACAACACACGGCGCGCCUCUCUUUCAUUUUAAAUAUAACGGUGUAUAAAUAAGUAUGAGCAAUAGCGGGAGUGCGCGGCGAGGCUCCUCGCGUCGCCACCGCCGUUGAUUUUUCUGCCAUACGCGCGCGCGGAUACGCGUUGUUUAUCCACGCGCUCUCCACGUUAUAGAAAGAAAGAGAGAGAAAGAGCGAGAGAGAGAGAGAGAGAAAGAAAAAGAAGGACCGAAAGCGGGAAACGAGCGGGAGUGAGAACGUGAAAACGAGGGGUGCACAUCACACAUCUCGUCGGAUGCACACACUCCGGACAACCGUGAUUUUUUUCUCUCGUUUCUACACGCCGUUCUUUGUGUAUGCAACACCCGAACGUCAUCAAGAUAGGCUUGAGAUCUAGAAGAAACAAAGGUCAACUGCUCUUUGUGGCAAGCAUUUAGUACACUGGAAUGUACUCUGACAAAAAUGUCAAGGAAGUCUUGGAAAUUCCACUUGAAAAGCACAUAGAUAUAUUCAUACUUCUGGAAACAAGCAUUUUUUAGAUCGAUUGUAAGUUUAUAUAAAUGAUGAGGAAUAUUUAUCACCAAACUUCAAUUGAGCUUCUUAAACUUAACGAUCAUCUGUACACUUUGUAUACAAGAAAUAUACGUGAUGCUGUUGUUUCCAAACUGCUUGCAGCUGUGCGACAAGCUGCGGCAUGAUGCUGAAGACUGUCCCGAAUGUACCGAUGCCUGUAUAAUGUUAGAAGAAUUCUGCAUAUUUGCCACUGAACUGGCACGUCUGUGCGAGCGAGGAGCAGCUGCUGUUCCUAUGAACGCCUCUCGCUCAUUACACGGUGAUGGAAAGGACACUAAUCACAAAAUUGGUUCAAAGAGAAUGGCAUAUGAGGUAUUUUUGGGCGGGUCUUGUAAUCCAACCACCUGGAGGUCAGACAUAGCAAUACCGACUCUUCAGAACCUCGGAAUUACUUACUACAAUCCUCAAGUGUCGCAAUGGGGUCCGGAAUUGAUAGCUCAGGAGUACGAGGCGAAGCAAACGGCGCGGGUUUUACUGUUUGUCAUCGACAACCAGACGCGCAACAGUGCGGGCAUAAUCGAAGCAGCUCAACUGGCAGCUACGCGCAGCGAGUCCCUGGUUCUCGUUAUUUAUCCGUAUCGCAAGGGACAAACUAUUCUCGGAGAAACCGUUUCUACACGAGAAUAUUACGAUUUAAUGAACGGGUUGCUAGUACUUCAGUAUCUAAUGGAGCGGCAAAGGAUACCGAUAUUCGAAAGCGUGUCAGUUGCCCUUCAUUGUACGUCGAAGAUGUUACGCGAAGAAAUCAACGUACAAGAUUGCACGGAUUUGUAUACCGAGGAUGGCAUCAGACCUAUAAGAAUCUCGCUUACUCAGAAUGGAACGGAUGCGAUGUCAUUGCGAGAGAUUUUCGAAUCUAUAGAUGUUAAUGAUAGCGGUACGGUAAAAUUAGUGGAUGCGUGGAUAAUGUUGCAGUCAAAUCCGAUGUGCAACAAUGUGUCUCUGUCCGAUGCGCUUAACACAGUAAAUAAAUCCGAAAUGUACAGAACGUUGAUUGACGGAUUCCCGGGAAAGAGCGAUCCGAAGGAAUUGCGAAUCAAUUUCGAACAGUUUUGCGCUUUGGCUAACGAGUCAUCGUGGAUGAGGACGAAGAGUAACGGCAUUUCUUGUGAAAAUUGGGCAAAUUCCCUCGUCCAGGAAUCCGAGAAAAGAGACAUUUACAUCGGCGUAGUUAGCAAAGAUCUGUUUUGGUUAGAAUCUUCCGCAGUGCCGUUGAUAGAGUCAAUGAAAUUGUCCAUGUACCGACCAAACCUGAACGAGUACAAUGUAAGAGUAUUGCCGCAGGAGUUGCAGAAGAUAAAGAACUCGCGGCUCACUCUGUUGAUAGUGCCGCAACAUUCGCGCGGUAUUGCCAUUAUGGCUUUGGCAGCUCAUUUGAUCGGACUGCGCGCUAAGCUUGUCCUUUGUGUUCAAACUCUUCCUGAGGAUUCUAUCGUGUCUGGUGAACAACUGACUGAACAAGCCAGAAAAGACUACAACCGGGGGAGGAUGUACCUGUCGGAUUAUGCGACGCGCGAAGGUGUACCUGUUUUUCAGAAUAUCGCUGAUGCUCUGCAACACGCGAUACAAUUAGUUCAAAGUCCCUGUUGACUUAAUUGCUCUUUAUCGUUUUUUCUUUUUUUUCUAUUUUUUUUUUUUUUCUCAUAGUAAGCUCCUCCGCUCGACGACUAAUUUAUUUUUACUUUUAACAAUGUCCAGCUACCAUUUGAGAUCCACGAUAGAUACGAUAAUUAUUAUUCCUAGAAAAAGAGACUACUAAUUAUAGUAAUUAAUUCUGUGCUGUUGGCACAUUAAGAUACUUUUUUUCUCAAGAUACGUGUUUUAUUGCGAUCGUUACAUAGCUAAAUGCUACUUAUACACUUUAUACAUCGUUAAUAGUAUCAUUUGUUCGUAUGUUAUCACUGUUAAUUAAUUUUUAAAUUCUUGACAAAGUUGAAACACGAUAAGCAGUCAAGAUAUUUUUACUUUCAUCAAGUUUAUUCCAUUUGUUAAUUAAUAAUUUAUUAUGAGCGCACGGCAUUUCUCGAGC